GGCAGAACGCGCGAUCCCGUGUGCAGAACGCGCGUUCCCGUGUCCUUAGGGGUUGAUCCCUGACAGCCUGCCGCGCAGUCACGUGUUUUAUCAGAAAGAUAGAAAGAAAACCGAAAGCCCGUCUUCUUCCAUUUGCCACCAACACGAAGCAGUUGGACUCUUCUCAGCAAACGAGCAAUAACAGUCGGUACAAAGUGAAAUGAGCGAGCAGAUUUCAGAGGAGAGGAGUUAUGAUCUGGGAGACGCCUCUCUUACAUUUGUUGACAGACCAGAUGACUUAGAUCCGUUCCCACCUGAGGACGGGGUCGAGCGGCCAAGAGCGGAGAUGUCUUGCGGUCACGCCGUCACGCCACAAUCUCUGACCGGAUGGUGUCGCAGUUUGCUGGACCAGGGCCAGUACACGUUUAACUGCCCUGCCCUUGCGGUGGGCACAGUGCCGUGUGGUGCAGUGUGGGAUUAUACAGAGGUCCGCCGGCUGGCCUUACUGACAGAAGAAGAGAUGCUGGACUUUGAAAUGACAUUGGGCCGUCUAGCUGCCGCACAGUUUUGUGACUUUAAAGCAUGCCCUGGCUGUAAAACCUACGUGGAAAGAGAAGAGUUAGACAAUCUCUGUUUCGACUGCACUAUCUGUGAGGAAAGCAGUAAGCCCACCAAGCAGUUCUGCUGGCAGUGUCUGAGGCCCUGGAAGGGGAGGGCGCCGCGCAGCGACAGCUGUGACAACGACAACUGCUCAGACAAGGAUCUGGAGCUGCUGAAAGGGUGUGGCACCAUCACGCUGUCCCAGGUGGCGGGGGUGGGGCCCUGCCCUUCCGUCCGGGCCUGCCCCACCUGUGGCAUAAAGGUGGAGCACGACCAGACCGGCUGCAAGAACAUCCUGUGCCCACGCUGCAAGGUGGAGUUCUGCUUCGUGUGUCUGAAGCUCAAGAUAGAUUGCCUGGAGACCAGUAACUAUUUCACAGCGUGCAGCAGCGGCAUCGCACCGAGGCAGACCGCCAUGCCAAUAUGGAACAGAAAAUAAUGCUUUGUUUGUUUUAUCAUUCAUGUUGCCUUAUAAAAUGAUUAUAUGACAAUAAAACGUUGUAAUGCAAUGCAGUGGCGGCUGGUGAUCAAAAAUGUUGGUGGGGCACAGUAAUAGACAGGGGGUCUUGGGUCUUGGGUCCCCUCCCCAUAUAUAUAUUUUUAAUUUAAUAGAUUUGAUUUCCUGUAUUCUGGUGCAUUUUGGGGUUGGCCACUACCUUUUUACCUACUGUUCAUUCAGAUUCAUAGCCUACAUCUUGACUUGCAGGGCCUGGACAAGCUUACACUGCAUAUAGGCUAGUUGUGUUGCGCGAAUGCUGCUGAGGGAGGUAGCCUAUUUGAUUGAUUCGCUGAAUUGUCUAAUCAUGUGGUGAUAACAAAAAAGAAAAGCGAUACCUUUGGCCUGGGGCGCAAACUGGUGCGACCCAAUGGCGAAUUUUCUUGCGCCAAUGAAAAGCUGUCUCUGCUUCAUAGACUGCAAAAAGUUAGGGAGCUUACUGACUUCAACGUGGCCGGCGCCCCUGACUUGGAGGAGGGCUUUAUUUCGAAUGACCAAUAACUAGCCUAGCCCAAAUCAUUGACGUUCAGACGCAUUUAAAUGGUUACUUUUAUUUCAAUAGACCCAGUAAAACAGAGUUAUAAAGUUGAUACUUUAUAACUCUGUUAAUAAUCCAAAAGUUAAUAAGUUAAUCAUAAAAAAUAAAAAAAGAAUCGAGACUGAAUCGUUCUACAAAGUAUUGCGAUGCAUCACAGAAUCUAGUAUUUUUCCCACCCCUAUUGGUUACUGUACUCCAACAGUUCUAACAGAGUAUUGUUUUGCAUGUAAGCUUUUUGGUGAAGCUAGAGUUGCUGACAAGCGCCUUGUGGUGGGGAAUAAUAACUGGCAGUGUCUUUCAAAGUUACUGAAGCACCAUGAAACAAGUGGUUACCACAAAAAUGCUUAUCUGAUGUGGAAAGAAUUGGCAUCCCGCUUAUGCCUAGGUAAAACUAUUGAUAGCGAAUUGCCGAGAGCCUGUUGACUCGACUGCAUACUCUUCUUUGCAGAAAGAAACCUGCCACUGAGGGGGGCAAAAUGCACAGUUAGGAAAUCCUCGAAAUGGAAAUUUUCUGGGUAUCCUUGAUCUCAUAGCACGGUAU